AAUGUCUUGGUCAGAGCACUAAAUUAUACGUUGUCAGGUAUCAAUAGCUCACGGCAGGCGCUGCUAUAGAGACACCGGAAUUUCCUGGACACGUUGUCCUCAAUACCGUAUGGCAACAUAGUCGAGGCAUUUAGAUCUUCGCUAUUAUUCCUUACCUCGCAUUUAUACUCGCAAGGCCUUGCAACGUUUAGGAGAAUUCCUAGUUCGCUUUGGUCAACACAUCUUAAAGCCUAGGCAUGUUUCCGACGUCGCUUUUAGGAGCACUAUACUUAGUAGGUCUCCUUUCUAGUGUGGCUGCUGGUAAAGGCGUUAUAGAGCUGACGGAUGAAAACUUCGAUGCGGAGACCUCAACAGGAGUUUGGAUGGUCAAGGUCCACGCCCCUUGGUGCCAGGCCUGCCGGCAGAUCGCCCCCCUGUGGGAGGCCUUUGCGAAGGACCCGGACACGCAGCAGGACGGGAUAAACGUAGCUGAGAUCGACGGCACGCAGCAGCGUGCGCUCAUGACGCGGCUGGGCGUGAAGGCCUUCCCCACCCUCUACCUGCUGCGGGAGGGCAGGACGUACACCUACUCGCUGCAGGGGCCCAAGAGUGUGGCGGCGUUCCGGGAGUUCGCUGUCUCGGGCUUCAGAAAGGCCACGCCGCUGCCCUUCUACCAGGCUCCCAACAGCGCUGUGGGGCGGGUCAUCGGGCGGGUAGUCGGGCUGCCCGAUGUAGGCAUGCGCUUCUACCGGCGGCUGAAGGACGAUCACGGGCUGUCCGACACGGCAAUCGUGUUGGGCUUCCUGGCCAUUCCGGUGGCGGUGGGCGGGGUGCUCAUUUGCGCGCUGGACGCGAUGUACGUGCGGCGGGCGCGGGAGGAGUUUGGACCCGUGCACGAACACCAGGAGUGAUGACCUGCUCCGAAUGUGAUAUGGAUUGCUGCGUGAGGCAGCGGGGCGCGCUUGGGCGGAGCUAGCAGCUGGGUGGUGGAGCCGCAUGCGCAUGUGGCUGCUUAGUGGUUGGCGUGGCGGAGAGGUAGAGGAGGAGGAGUAACGAGGAAACAACUAACUGACUUUGUGAUAAGGCCGUGUGCGGGAGGAGGACGAGGAGGAGGAGGCGAAGGAUGCAACCGGGCGCAGGCGGCAUGUGGAGGGCGUGAUCGGGGGCCGGAACAAGGUUCCGGGCGGCGCGGUUGGGACUGAAGCCUGUUUAGGCGUAGGCCUUUGCAGAUGUAGCGCACAACUCGUGAACUGACCCACGGGUCAAUGAUUUGAGGGCGCAGCGACACAGGUCCAAAUCCGCACCACAUGUACACGCAAUCCUUGUCCAUGUUCCCAGCUGUUCCCAGGUAACAUUAACCGGUGCGUGGGGAGCUGAGGCGACAUGAUCGUUAACAGUGGGUGACCCUGCGUUGGGAUGAUCAUUCUUGAUUGUCCUGCAGCAAGUAAGGACGAGCUGCAAAGCUCAACGGGUGCGUCACAUGGCAUGCAUCACCGUUUUAUGCCGUUGACCGUCCUGACGGUUGCGGAGGCCGUGAUUUCGCAAUUGCAUUGCGACCUGGCAUCGGAGCCAUGUGGUCGGAUGUGGUGUGCUUCUUGCAGGGCUCCCAUGACCCCCUUACAGCGAAGUCGGAUGCAUAAAAAAAAGUUCUGCGGGAUAGUAGACAGGCGCCUAACGAGAGCCUUACACCACAAGCACUUCGACUACUGGGUUGCGUGUCCGAGCCCGUCUUCUGGCGUCUGUACGCCCAGUGCAUGACACGGAGGUGCGGGGCCAGCUCACGCAGGGCGUCCCACCUGCCUGCCGUACAGACGCAGCAGUACAACCGUCCAACACGC